ACAAGGAAUAUGAGUUGCUACUGUAUGUAAAGAAAUGAAAUGUGAAGGAUUACAGGAUUUGGGUUGGCAGUUUAUCUUGGAAUUUCUUCCUGAAAUACAGCAGCUGAAGCAGUCGGAUGUUAUCAAACCAGAAGAAAAAAAAUUGUGAACUGGAAUGAAUUACUAGCCUGGAAGACCAGAAAAAUUUGCAAUUAGAACAGAUGUUAGACAUUUAUCAAGUGCUUGGGGGGAAAAAAACAACAACAUCAAGCUUCACUAGGUCUAUGUGUUCCAACGAUAAGGGCAGUAUGACUGCAAUGACUGUAUUUUUUCCUUUGGAUACAGCUAGGCUUAGACUUCAGGUUGAUGAGAAGCGGAAAUCUAAGACAACACCGGCAGUUCUUUUGGAAAUAAUCAAAGAAGAAGGCUUGUUGGCACCAUAUCGAGGAUGGUUCCCUGUUAUCUCCAGCCUUUGCUGCUCCAAUUUUGUUUAUUUUUAUACAUUUAAUAGUCUUAAAGCCCUCUGGGUAAAAGGUCAGCAUUCAACUACUGGGAAAGACUUGGUUCUUGGGGUUGUUGCAGGUGUAGUGAAUGUACUCUUGACCACUCCUCUUUGGGUAGUGAACACACGUCUGAAGCUGCAGGGAGCAAAAUUCAGAAAUGAAGACAUUGUACCAACUAAUUAUAGAGGCAUAAUAGAUGCCUUUCAUCAGAUAAUAAGAGAUGAAGGAGUCUUAGCUUUGUGGAACGGUACUUUCCCCUCCUUGCUUCUGGUCUUCAAUCCUGCCAUACAGUUCAUGUUUUAUGAAGGCUUUAAACGAAAGCUUUUGAAAAAGCAGCUGCAACUCACAUCUUUGGAUGCUUUUGUCAUUGGUGCAAUAGCCAAAGCAGUUGCCACGACCCUCACUUAUCCUCUGCAGACAGUACAGUCAAUUCUGAGGUUUGGACGCCACAGGUUGAACCCAGAGAACCGAACACUAGGCAGUCUUAGAAAUGUUCUUUACCUUCUUCAACAGAGAGUGAGGCGUUUUGGAUUAGUGGGACUCUACAAAGGCCUUGAAGCAAAGCUCCUGCAGACAGUCCUUACUGCUGCUCUGAUGUUUCUGGUAUAUGAGAAACUGACUGCUGCAACCUUCACAGUCAUGGGAUUAAAGCACUCACGCAAACAUUGAUAAAGGAGCCUAUGCCAAAGAUUAUGGGGUCUAGAAAACACAUUCCUUUUUUGAGACCAGGCUGGGUAACAAAGGGCCCUCACUUCCUCUACUUCUUUUUUUAGCCACCUCUGUCUCCAGUAUUUGGAGAAUCUGGAAUAUGCUCUAUAGGACCUGUUGCCACAAAUUCAGGGAUAGCCUAUUCCCUAUUGUUCUGUGGACUCACUGCUUUAAGAAACAAAGACACCUUAUUUAAGCACUUGACAUAAAAUUUUAAUGAUUAUAUGAUUUGGUUGACAUUCUUGGCAAGAAUUAAUCUCUGUCACUAUGUUUUCUUGUUCUCCCUCGAAUAGUCCUCAGUUAUUCCUGUAUCUUUACCUUCUGUCAGCAUCUGGUGGGGCUGGUUUUGUUUUAUCUUCCUUGGGUGCCUCAGACACCCCCCCCAAACAAUUGUGUUAUUUUCCUUGACCUGUGUUUGUCACUUCAUAUUUGGUUCAUUAAAAUAAUUCAUAAAGAUUAA